CCAGCCGCCAUAGUUGCGCGUGCGCACUCGUACACACAAGGGAGCUGACAGCUUCUUGCCGUUUCCGGAGCGCGAGCACAGAGGCCCCCGCGCACGCGCCUCCCGAGCUGGCCUCCCCCGCCGUGGGGGCCCUCCCCAGGCCUGCAGAGGGCGCUGCGCUUCGGUGAGCCGGGGCGUGGCGCCGCUCUAGCCAGCGCCCGGGCUCGGUGGCGGACGCCGCUGCUCCGCGUCCCCCGCGCCUCCUCCCAGUGCAGACUUCACAGGCUGCCACUGGACCCUUCCCCUGUUCUGAACCCUGAGCUGGCACGAUGCACGGGCGCCUGAAGGUGAAGACAUCAGAAGAGCAGGCGGAGGCCAAAAGGCUAGAGCGGGAGCAAAAGCUGAAACUAUACCAGUCAGCCACCCAGGCCGUCUUCCAGAAGCGCCAGGCUGGUGAGCUAGAUGAGUCAGUGCUGGAACUGACAAGCCAGAUUCUGGGAGCCAACCCUGAUUUUGCCACCCUCUGGAACUGCCGACGAGAGGUGUUCCAACAGCUGGAGGCCCAGAAAUCCCCCGAGGAGCUGGACAUUCUGGUGAAAGCUGAACUGAGCUUCCUGGAGAGCUGCCUGCGGGUGAACCCUAAGUCCUAUGGAACCUGGCACCACCGCUGCUGGCUGCUGGGCCGCCUGCCUGAGCCCAACUGGGCCCGGGAGCUGGAGCUGUGUGCCCGCUUCCUGGAGGUCGAUGAGCGGAACUUUCACUGCUGGGACUAUCGACGGUUUGUGGCCGCACAGGCAGCUGUGCCCCCUGCAGAAGAGCUAGCGUUCACUGACAGCCUCAUCACCCGAAACUUCUCCAACUACUCCUCCUGGCAUUAUCGCUCCUGCCUCUUGCCCCAGCUGCACCCUCAGCCAGACUCUGGACCACAGGGGCGCCUCCCUGAGGAUGUGCUCCUCAAAGAGCUGGAGCUGGUGCAGAAUGCCUUCUUCACUGACCCCAAUGAUCAGAGUGCCUGGUUCUAUCACCGCUGGCUUCUGGGCCGAGCUGACCCCCAGGAUGCGCUGCACUGCCUGCAUGUGAGCCGGGACGAGGCCUGUCUGACUGUCUCCUUCUCUCGGCCCCUUCUAGUGGGUUCAAGGACGAAGACCUUGCUACUCAUGGUUGAUGAGUCACCUCUGAUUGUGGAGUGGAGGACCCCAGAUGGCAGGAACCGGCCCAGUUAUGUCUGGCUCUGUGACCUGCCUGCCACCUCCCUCAACGACCAGUUGCCACAACAUACAUUUCGUGUCAUUUGGACAGCAGGCGAUGCUGAGAAAGAGUGUGUGCUUUUUAAAGGCCUCCAGGAAGGCUGGUGCCGUGACUCCACCACGGACGAGCAGCUGUUCAGGUGUGAGCUGUCAGUGGAGAAGUCCACAGUGCUACAGUCUGAGCUUGAGUCCUGUAAGGAGCUGCAGGAACUGGAGCCUGAAAAUAAAUGGUGCCUGCUCACCAUCAUCCUGCUGAUGCGGGCGCUGGACCCCCUGCUGUACGAGAAGGAGACGCUGCAGUACUUCGAGACCCUCAAGGCUGUGGACCCCAUGCGGGCAGCCUACCUGGAUGACCUGCGCAGCAAGUUCCUGCUGGAGAACAGCGUGCUCAAGAUGGAGUAUGCCGACGUGCGCGUGCUGCACCUGGCUCACAAGGAUCUGACAGUGCUUUGCCACCUUGAACAGCUGCUCUUGGUCACUCAUCUUGACCUGUCACACAAUCGUCUUCGAGCCCUGCCAUCUGCUUUGGCCGCCUUGCGCUGCCUUGAGGUGCUGCAGGCCAGCGAUAAUGCGAUAGAGUCUCUGGACGGCGCCACCAACCUGCCCCGGCUGCAGGAGCUGCUACUGUGCAACAACCGCCUUCAGCAGCCUGCAGUGCUGCAGCCUCUUGCCUCCUGCCCCAAACUGGUCCUCCUCAACCUGCAGGGCAACCCCCUGUGCCAAGCAGUGGGCAUCUCGGAGCAUCUGGCCGAACUGCUGCCGUCAGUUAGCAGCAUCCUCACCUAAGAGGCCCUGCCUCCCACCCUUGCCCUUUAACUUAUUGGGACUGAAUAAAGGAUGGAGAGGCCCCCUCAGGCCACCAA